CGUGGAGCCUGUGCACGCGGCCCUGCCUCGUUGGACCCGUGUUCACUAUCACAGCUGGAGACUGAAGAAUGUUCUGCUGCGGAGUCAGACGAGCUCAGGAGACGCUGCGCGUGACAGCCAGUGCGCAUGCGCCCUGCAGAGUCAUGUGCUCUUUCCAGUGCGCGUUCACGACCGUGCACCUGCAUGACUGACACGGAUGUAGCGGAGUGAGACUCAAUAGCAGACAUGACCAGCAACGAGCCCAAAGCAAAGAAGAGCGGCGGCGGCGCUGAAGCUGCCGAGGAUGGAGACUGGAACUGGGCGCUGGUCGGCGCUCUGUUCGUCAGCACAAGCCUCGUGUUCGGCCUGAUGCGCAGCCUGGGCGUCUUCUUCGUGGAGUUCGUCCAGUACUUUGAGGCGAGCGCUCAGUCCAUCUCCUGGAUCUCCUCCACUGGCCUGGCAGCGCAGCAGUUCUUCAGUCCUCUGGGUGCAGCUCUGUGUAACGCGUACGACACCCGGGUGGUGGUGAUGACGGGCGGCUUCCUCGCAGCACUCGGCUUCAUCCUUGCCUCUCAGGCCACGUGCCUGGUUCAUCUGUACCUCACCAUGGGUCUCAUUUCAGGUUUUGGCUGGGGGCUGGUCUUCACUCCCAUGGUGGCCACCGUCGUGGCUAACAUCGAGCGGCGGCGCGCCCUGGCGUUGGGACUGGGGUUCUCCAGCAUCGGCAUCGUCUCCUUCAUUUUCAACCCGCUCUUCCAGUUCCUGGUGGAGACGUACGCCUGGCGAGGGGCCUUGCUGAUUCUGGGGGGCCUCAGCCUCAACAUAGUGGCCUGCGGGGCCCUCGUCCGUCCCAAACGACGCUCCAAAGCCCCAGAGAAGGUGGAUUCGGAGAAGAGCUCGUCUUGUUCUUCGUUGCUUGGACGACUCUCGUCCUACCUGGAGCUGCCGCUGCUCUUGGAGAGGCCUUACCUCACCUACACCUUGGCCGUCACUUUGCUUAACGUCGGCUACUUCGUUCCAUAUUUCCACUUGGUGGCUCACAGCCGCCAAGUCGGCUUCUCGGAGUACCAAGCUGCUUUCGUCAUGUCGGCGGCCGGAGCCUCAGACAUUCUGGGCCGCGUGGCGUCGGGCUGGUUCUCUGACCUGGGACACUUCCGGCUGAUCCACUUGCUGAGCCUGUGGACGGCGCUGGCGGGAGUGUUCAUCAUGCUGCUGCCCAUCAGCUCCUUGUCCGGAUCUUACGCCGUGCUGAUGGUGAUCAGCCUCCUCUACGGGUUCUGCUCCGGGGCUUUGACCUCGCUGGUUUUCGCGGUGGUGCCCAUGAUUGUGGGCGUGGAGCGCGUGAUGGGGGCCAUCGGGCUGCUGCAGCUCAUCGAGAGCGGCGCCGGGCUGCUGGGGACUCCUCUGUCAGGUUUGCUGAAGGAUGUCACAGGCACCUACACCGCCUCUUUCGUGGUCGCGGGCGGUUUCGUCGUUCUCGGCACUUUGGCCAUGACCACUCUCCCUCACUACUUCUCCUGCACUGAUCCACCGGCUCCUCGCAGACCCUCACAUGGUGAAAAAGAUAAGAGUUUACAUUUAGAGCUGGAACAGAUCAAUAGUUCACUUCCUGACAUGAACCAUGGAGGAGGUCAAUGAUCUGUGAGGAUUAACCUCAAGACUUUGUAAGGAAAGAGCUCAAGGGUCAUGUUAACACUCUCCAGAUCAGUCAGUAUUACAGUGGCAUCGCCGUGACGCCGCCUCCAGAAAGUAUACCGUCGCACACAUUGCUGAACGGCUGCGUGUUUGUGUUACACCUCAGAGAUUCAGACCCAAAGUGGAACUCAGUGGGAGAGGACAGCACAUGGGGACCACAGAGUUUCUCUCUGUUACACAUCCUGACCUCAGUCAACUUUCAGACCAGAUCCUGUGAUCCACAGGAAAUAGUUUAUUGACAACAUACAGAUCAUUGACUGUCUGUAAAGAUAAACAACGCGUCUCCACUUCCUCCAGAAAUGAAGCUUAAAAUAUCCCGGAUACGAACGCUGCCCUCUUUGCAUCGGGGGAAUGCGUCUGUGGCUGCAAGGUCCCGUGGAUACACGUGCUCGACCAAUCAGAAGUCAGCCUCAGGUGUCAAUCGUCACCUUCACUGUGUUUUAUAGCAUCGAAAAACCGAAUUAAAACCAAACUCAUAGGAAAAAGGAACAGUUGAACAAACAUCGGUGUGAGAAGAACUACCAAAACAAGACAGGAAAAUGAUUUGUUGUACCUUGUUAAGUCAAAUGAAUGGAUUCUGUCAACAGAAAAGCUGGAGUGCUUUUACUUUGAAAUAGGAAGUGUUUCAACAGAACCUUGGUUGUUUUACACGUACAGUGGGUUUGCAUGAAGGAAAGGAACUGUUGUAUGAUUUGUACACAUGCCGUUGAGUUAGCACACGAGAUGGAACCGUUUUAUGUUGUUGGGCGCUCCUCACGUGGCUUUUUUAGCUGUAGCACAGUUUUAUAUAUGUUGCACUUACAUAAUUAAUUAUUAACCUUCACACGCCUCUUUUCCACGACCGUAUAUUCUUUGUGACAUUUAGCCCCACGUUGUGUGAAGAGAAAUGUGGAUGAUUAUUGACUUCGUGGAUUAAAGCCACUUGUUGUCUUGAUAAUUAGCAGAACCACUGAUGAGUUGCUCUGUCAGAGCUGUUGCAGCGGCACCGUUCGCCCUCUCAGCCUCAGGAACUUCUCUUUCCACCAGUGCAUCAAAGCGCUGGGCAGGAAAACCAGACUGUGAAUCCUCGAGUGCCUUUUCUAAUGAUGCAUGAAUGUGUAUGAGCACUUUGAACUGUUGUAAACCUUUGUAGAGCAGAGACCGCUGAAUGAACACAGGCAUCAGGAUUUCAGAAUCCUUGCAGAGGUAAUAGAGUUUAAACCAAUAUUAGACUUCAUCCAAAUGGCAGCUACUAAACAAUGGAGCUGCAAUAAUCGUAAAGAGGUGGAUGUUUUUCCUGGCAGUGAUUCUAAGCCGUUAUUCUCUGACUCCCUGCAGUCACUCUUAUAUGUUAAAAUGAGAUAUUUUUCCACUUAAGAUGAUUGAUUAAAAAAAAAAAAUGCUAUUUUUAUUGUUUUAAUGUGUUUGUUUUUUUUGUACUUUUU